GUUUAGAUAUCAGUAUUGUGUGUAUGUUUAAGGACAUACACACAAACUUAGAAAAAUGAGCAAAAGUCAUGAAAAAUAGUUUACAGAAAAAGAUAAACAAAUGGGAGCCGUCGCGUACCUAGGAUGCCGCGUGGAAGCCGAAGCCAUACCUCCCGCAUGGCCCCUCCGGCCAGCCGGGCCCCUCAGAUGAGAGCUGCACCCAGGCCAGCACCAGUCGCUCAGCCACCAGUAGCAGCACCCCCAUCUGCAGUUGGCUCUUCUGCUGCUGCGCCCCGGCAGCCAGGUCUGAUGGCCCAGAUGGCAACCACUGCAGCUGGCGUGGCUGUGGGCUCUGCUGUGGGGCACACACUGGGUCAUGCCAUUACUGGGGGCUUCAGUGGAGGAAGUAAUGCUGAGCCUGCGAGGCCUGACAUCACUUACCAGGAGCCUCAGGGAACCCAGCCAGCACAGCAGCAGCAGCCUUGCUUCUAUGAGAUCAAACAGUUUCUGGAGUGUGCCUAGAACCAGGGUGACAUCAAGCUCUGCGAGGGUUUCAAUAAGGUGCUGAAACAGUGCUGACUUGCAAACGGAUUGGCCUAAUGAAGAAGUUCAACCUGGAGAGAUGGAAAAUCAGCUCUCAUAACUAAGUUAAUUUAGUAUAAAAAUAGAAUUGAUAGUGAGGGUAUAAAGUGUAACCAUCAGUUAAACCUCUCCUGUCAUUCCUAGCUUCCUUGCUUCAGAAUUGAAAUGGAAGUGGGGGUGUCCCUACUCUGUAGAAUCUGGGACUGGGCAAAUCUUUGUGUGGCCUCCUUAAACUAGCUGUUAUGAUUUUAUUCUUUGUGAGUUAAUUAGAAUAAAGUCAUUUUCUUCCAAAAAAAAAGAUAAACAAA